CUUGGCAUAUUUGCGACCUCGUGUGACGGUCACUCUAAUUUGGCAUUUUAAAUUGUGCAGCGUACUCGGCUGCACUUGCAACUUUUCAUUGUUUGAAACGCAAUUAACAUUUAAAUCGAGUAAUGAAUUUUAGCCAACGCCAACCAGAAUGGCACACAAUACCAUCGGUGGCACUAAGUCACAUAUUCGACUAUCUAAAUCCCCAGGAUCGUCGGUCGGCAGCGGGUGUAUGUUUUUCUUGGCGACAUGCCUUUUUUCAAAAACGCUAUUUUAGAAACUUUCGCUUUCAAUUGGAUGUGGGAUGCGAUGAUCAGUUGGCCUUCUUCCAUCGCUCCAUGGCCAACUUGGCCAGGGAACUGAUAGUAGUCUUCGACUUUCAAAAUGCAUUUCACAUCCAGAAAAUGCGACAUCUUCUAUACAAAGUGGCGCGCUGUGAUAACAUCCAGAAAUUGCGUUUCCAAACCCACAAUGUAGGCCUCGUUGCCAUCGGAAACAUGCAAAGUGAGCACUUGUUGGCCAUCGAACAAUGCUUUGUGGAGCCACUGACUCUGUUUUUAAGCCGCAAGCGUCAGCCCUGCCAGCUUCUGGACCUUGGAGCCAUCGAGGCCCUCUCAUACUAUGGCCAUGAUUUUCUAAACGCUAUGGGAAAACCACAGGAACUGCUGCAGCUGACACUCGCGAGCAUUAAGUACGAUCCUAGUCACUAUCCCAUCCUCUCGUUGGACUCGACCCUGCUGCAGAAAUGUGCCGCCCUGCAGGUGCUCUCCCUCGACUACGACACACUUUCCGACGAACUGCUGCACACUAUCCAGGUGCUUCCGCUGCGGAAACUUUUGAUCGCAGUGCACGGCCUGGAUAGCAAAGAGUAUCCCGACGUGUCGGAGACGGCCUGGUCUAACUUUUCGGAUCACUUUUCGAGCAUUGAGUUGGUGCUGACCCUUGUGUAUGCCUAUGAGGCCAUCGCACUACUGCAGCAUCGUGUGCUGCGUAGAAAUAUGCCUAUAACCCAUGUGCGACUGCUAUUCUGCGAAAAGAUGAACGCCGAAGCCUUGGACUGGAUGUCGUUGCAUUACAAGGAAACGCUGCGCAGCAUUCACUAUGUGGACGCGCCGUACAAAUAUUCCAAUCGCAUGAACCAAACUCGCCACGCCUCUUUACGCCAGGACCCAUUCGUAAUGAUGGCCUGGCGCUGCAAACGGCUGGAGGAGAUCGUAGUGCACGGGUACUUGAUGGAUCCGCAUAACCUCGUGGGCAUUGCCCGGCUUCUGGGUCGGCAGCUAAAGCGUCUGGAAGUCUCCAUGAUCGAUUGGUCAGGCGCUCCUUUGCUGAAACCCUACGAUGAAGAGAUAAGCGCCAUACUGGGACAACAAUGGUCACCCAUGAGCCUUGACAAAAUGCCGCCAUCGUUGUACUACGACAACAAGUUACGCGAUCAGUUCGUGUACGAAAUGCUGCGCCAGGAUCUCAGCCAGUAAGUGGUCGAAAUAGGAAAUUACUCAAAUAUAACCAAAAAUUGAAGCAGUCAUCAAGUGAACGAAGGAAAUGCAAACAUGACACGUGAUCAAAUCGAGCGCAUAGAAAUUAAUUUAUAAAUUGCAAAACCUAAUUACGUAGCUAAAACAAAACCCAAAAGAAUAAUGUAAGCAAAAAGAAAAUUUAAUCGUCAUAAUAAGUUUUCAAAAUUUGUAUAUGUAAACCAAACUUUUUGAUUGGCAAGCAUUUCAUAGAUGUUAAAUUUCCUAAGUUCUUAGCCUUUGUAAUCAAAAUUUCGAUUAGCCCUUGUUUAUUAGUACAAAAGCGACAGAUCAAGAGCGAUAGGAAUGUUAGGAGCAAAGCAAAAGACUUGAGCACUUCACAAAUUUAUGUAAUUAUGUAACGGGGCGAGAUGAGUUUGUUGAAAGCAGCUAGAGAAACAUCAUUUUAUAAGCAACAACAACUGUGAUUCAAACGAAAUGCAAAAGGGAAUGCAACAGAUGCAAAUGCUAUACCCAGCUCUCAUACAAAACAUAACAAAAACGACAACAGCAAAUUGUUAAGCGAAUUGUCUAGUUAGCUAAGUUUAAAGUAACAAAAAGUGUUGAAAAUGUUUGUAAAACCAAAACUACGACCAAUGUCAAAUUGUUUGCUCAAAACGACGCAAUUGGCACAAAUUGUUAACCUUUGUAGUAGUGUGAAUAAGUACAGAAUCUGGCGCUCAAUUGUGAUAAACCAACAAACAACAACAUAAGCAAAUGUAACAACAACGAGAUCUAGAUCCUCGUUCGCUAAGCGCCGCCAUUUGUGUAGUUUAAAGUGAUAUUACCAGCAACAGCAAAGCAAAAUGUAAGCAAAUACAAAACACCACACAGAUAUAUAUGUAUUGUAUGUAAUAGCCAAAUGGAGCUAAGAAAGUAGCUGUCCUGCGUGGUGCGUGCGUUGUGGCCAGAUAAACGGGCCAGAAAGCCAGGAAAUUGUAAGACCCAAAUCCAACAUUUAAGUAUUUCGUAGCACAGGCAUUAAUUAUACAACUAUGUACUAUAUUUAAACUAUGUUUGCACAAAACAGCAGCGUGUUGUUACGAGCCGCGGCUCAUCCUCCGCAGACAUGCUUGCCGACCAACAAGUACAACAGCAACAAUGACAACAUCAACAACAACAACAAAAUGGUACCUGAAGAUCAUGCCGAGCAUUUAAAGAACAACCACAAAGUACUUGCUCAAAUGUAACAAUCUAAACAAACACAAAAUCUAUUGAAACAGAAGACUGAACGAUAAAGAGGGUGUUGGCCUUGUUGUCAGAGCAAAACGGAGGAUGGCAAUUGGUUUCUGGGACAAGUAACAACCGCAAAACAAAAUGCGAUCUCAAAGACAACUCCUACAACUAUCCAAUCGACCAUCUAUAUUUGUAUGUAUGAAUGUAACUAUAUGUAACCAAUGCAUGUAAUCAUUUUUUAUGAACUGCAAUAGCAAAUAUUAUUUUUUGUAAAACGAAUGCAAUUCAUGUGUAAUGCGCGAAGCAAACUAAGAAUGUUUGUCAAACAGCAACCGCAACACGGCCACAGAAAAGUCAAAACAAGAACAGAGUCUGGGGUCAUUAAGAGAUUGCAAAUCGACGGCCUACAUUAUGUUACCAGACCUGUUUGUAUGUGGCUGUGCAUUUAAUUUAAGUCUAGUACGUAUCAACACAACAACCAACACCAACAACAAAUGUGAUAAAAGUGUCAUGCUGCUUCCACGAACAACAGAAUGUGCAAAAUACGACCUAAGAUACUGCACUAUUGAAGCAAUGAGAACGGUAGUAAGCAUUGGAAAGGCAGGGCCAGAUUAAUGGGGGAUAUAGGUUAUAUGGGCUCUAUUUUAUAGCACUCUGACACAUCAGUUUCUAUAGUAUUAUUUUCCAAAUUAAACGCUUAAUUAAAUGGCUACAAGGGAAUUCGAAGUUGUCUUCAGAAAUGACUCACAGCGCGUUUUUAAAUUAAUAAAAAAAAGAGUUAGCUCCGAAUAUUGUUUAUCGAGGAGUUACAUUUGUAAAAAGUUAAAGGAAAGUGCUAUUACACAAAAUAAAGUGUCAUAAAGCUAUAAAAUAGAGCUAGGACUUUAAAAGAUCGUUAGCUCAAUAUCCAGCCAGAAGUAAUCGUCAAUCAAUGGAUUCAUUCAAUUACAAUCAACGUAAAUGAAACAAGUAUUAAGUUUUUCUGUUAUACUAGUGUCACUUCCAACGCUGCUGUAUAUGAGUAACGUUCUUUUGGUAUACUUACUACAAAACAAAUAUAUUUUAUAUGCCAUUUAUUGUAUUUAAAUUCGAUGAGAGCGAAAACAAUUUUGUAAACCAUUCCACAACCACAACAAAACAAUGCGAUUUAUGCUAACGUAUGUACUGAUCCAGUAGCAACACUGCAGAAGGAGGAAAAAAGACCAACCAAGUUUAAGAUAAGUGUUGAUCGAGAACAACAACAAGUCAGGGUGUUAAUAUAUGUAUGUAUGUAGGGUAUGCUCGAUGGCGACACUCAGGGGAACAACAAGUGUGACAUGGGCGAGGAGGUUAGAAAAUCAGAAAGACGAUAUGUAUGACAGCCGUGCAUUAACAACAAUGUUUAUAUAUAUGUAUAUGCAAGUUAUGCUUAAAAGUUAUAAGAGCAAAAGUGAAGAAAGCUGUGAUACAACAAGAUCCAACAAAAAGGGCAAACGACAACCGACAACACACAAAGAUAACACCAACACAUUAAACUACAAAAACAACAGACAAGCCAAUUCGAAACGUGUGCGACCAACAAAAAGAAUGUUAACAACCUUUCCGGAACUAAGAACCAGGAGAAGUACCGACCGGACCAUCUGAAAUGAAAUGGCCAACGAGAAGAAUUCAAAGUGAAUUAUAGGAGAUCGGAUCAGAUCCAGUAGUAGCUAACUUAGCGGGUUAACAAAGGACGAACGGGAGAACCAAAGUUUAGAACCGAAGUGUUUGAGUGAAUCAACAGCGUGCGGAAUUAGAUUGAUAUUCCAGUCAGGAUGAAAAGUGGAGAAGAUAAUGAUUCAAAUGUUAAAUUAUAUAUCGAUAUGUAGUAAAACACAGACAAAAAAUGCACAUAGCUUAAAGUAUAUGAAAGCAAACGUUUUAUUUAAAGUCAAUUUCCAUUUGAUUUGCCAUGAUUAUGUUUUGUGCAAGAUUUUAAAGCUUAAUCAACCGAGGCCAACGACAGUUUGUGUGGCAUAUGCAAUAUCAUUACCAUGUAAGACAACCAAGAAAUAUAAACCAAUUAAAGCGUAGCAAACAAAAUGCAUUCAAUUGAAAAACCAAUAAAAAAGUGUUUGAAACUUAAA